AUGAACAUACCUAUGGUUGCGCCGGUGUUUCCAGCGGGGAAGGAGCCUCUCCCUCCAGGGAUCACAGAGGAGGAGCGCCAGAACUACCUGCAGGCCAAGAAGUACCAGGACUGGAUGACCAUGGGCAUGGAGUCUUGCGUUGCGAAGACAGUCAUCGCGGGAGGUGGAGGUUUUGUCAUCGGAGCGUUCUUCUCGCUCAUGAGCUCUUCGUUCGCAUACGAGGAUCCGAUGCUGAGGCAGAACUUGAACACGCAACAAAAGGCGCGCGCGAUCUUCAAGGAGAUGGGGCAGGGCAUGUACAGGAGCGGGAAGGGCUUCGGGAAGGUCGGCGCAUUGUUUGCGGGUAUCGAGUGUGUGAUCGAGUCGUAUCGAGCACGAAACGACAUGGUCAAUCCUGUAGCUGCCGGUUUUGUCGCGGGUGGCCUCCUCGCACGAAAUUCCGGUCCAAAAGCGGUGGUCGGCGGUGGUCUGGCCUUUGCCGCAUUCUCCGCUGCCAUUGACCUCUUCCUCAGACGAGAAACCGCUGAGUGA